AUGAUAGGUACUUCUCGACGUCCUGCUGCUUCACAUGUUUAUGCUGCCAGUAUUAAAAAUCGAACUGAAGAACCAGUUCAAUGUACGGUACAGUACACAGGUGGUAAUUUAGAAAAGUAUAGUGAAACGUUAACCGUCACUAUUGACAAGGGCGGACAAGUGUAUUGUGUUGGAAAAGACUAUCAAUUAGAGGGUGCAACAAAUCAAUCAAAAAAAGUUAUAGAUAAAAUUCUUGUCAAAAAAUCUUCAGACAAUACAGAAAUGACACUACAACAACCAUUCGAUGGUGUGACAGGUCCCGUAGAGGAUUGGGAAUUUCAUAUUCAAGAUAAAGAGAUCAUCUCACAAGGUCCGCCAAAGGAUGAAUAG